AUGACCAUGGCUUCUUUAUCUAAACCACCAACAUCGUUAUCCCUGCACGCUCUCUCCAACCGUGUCUCUUUAUUUUCCCCUCCGGCAGUGGUGUUAUCUUUUCCGUUUAAUGGAACGGCUUUGGGUAGUCGGCGUGUGAGCGCGAUUAAGACAGGAUCAGACGGUUCAGAUUUGCUGAGAAAACCGAUUGUACCGUCAGGGAAGGACUUGAUUGGAGUUUCUGAAGAAGUAGAGGACAGUGAAGGGGAAAAGGAAGAAGAAGAAGAUGAAGGAUUUGUGGAUUGGGAGGACAGGAUAUUGGAGGAUACGGUCCCACUUGUUGGGUUUGUUAGAAUGCUUCUUCAUUCUGGCAAAUAUGAAAGUGGUAACAGAUUGAGUCCGGAGCAUGAGAGGACUAUCGUGGAUAGAUUGCUUGCUUAUCAUCCAGAUUGUGAUAAGAAGAUUGGAUGUGGAAUUGACUAUAUCACAGUUGGGUAUCAUCCUGAUUUUGUGGACUCGCGAUGUUUGUUCAUAGUUCGAAAAGAUGGGCAAUUGGUUGACUUUUCUUAUUGGAAAUGCAUAAAGGGCUUGAUCAAGAAGAACUAUCCACUAUAUGCAGACAGUUUCAUUCUCAGACAUUUCCGACGGCGGAGAAGGAGUUGA